CACACACACACACACACACACAGCAAGCAGAUUAACAGACCACUCCUGCUCCUGAGAAGAUUUUCUCUUCCUUUGUUAGUCUAAUAGGCAAGGUGUGCACUAAGAGAUUUUAAAAGUACAAGAGAAGAGCAAUCACAAGCCGUGAUGAUUCUGAGUUCACAGAAGCCCAAGGGAUUCUGACAUUUCUCCAAGGAGUUAGCCAGGAGAAACCCAAACCGGUUGAGCUGAGAUGGAGGAGAACAGUAAGAAGGCCCAGCGGGCUUUGCUCAACCAGGGAGAGGAGGAUGAACUGGAGGUGUUUGGUUACCGUGACCAGAAUGUACGGAAAGCCCUCUGCCUUGUCGCAUCCGUGCUGACCUGUGGGGGCCUUCUGCUGGUGUUCUACUGGAGACCCCAGUGGAGAGUGUGGGCCAACUGCGUUCCAUGCCCCUUGCAAGAAGCAGACACUGUUUUGCUGAGGACAACAGACGAAUUUCAAAGAUAUAUGAGGAAGAAGGUAUUCUGCCUCUACCUAUCCACACUGAAGUUUCCUAUAAGCAAAAAGUGGAAAGAAUCCCUGGUGGCUGACCGCCACUCUGUCAUAAACCAAGCCUUACUAAAGCCAGAAUUAAAACUGCGAUGCAUCCAAGUGCAGAAAAUCAGGUAUGUUUGGAACAACCUGGAGAAGCGGUUUCAGAAAGUUGGGUUGCUAGAGGACCGCAACUCCUGCUUUGACAUCCAUCAGACAUUUGGAUUGGGUCUGACCAGUGAAGAGCAAGAAGUCAGAAGAUUAGUGUGUGGGCCCAACACCAUUGAGGUUGAAAUCCAACCCAUAUGGAGGCUGCUUGUCAAACAGGUUUUAAAUCCAUUCUAUGUGUUCCAAGCCUUCACGCUAACUUUGUGGCUGUCUCAAGGUUACAUAGAAUACUCUGUGGCCAUCAUCAUUUUGUCUGUUAUCUCCAUUGUCUUAAGUGUGUAUGAUUUGAGACAGCAAUCAGUUAAGCUGCAUCACCUCGUGGAAGACCACAACAAAGUCCAGGUUACAAUCAUCGUAAAAGACAAAGGUUUGGAGGAGCUGGAAUCCCGUCUCUUGGUUCCUGGAGACAUUCUUAUUCUUCCAGGAAAAUUUUCAUUGCCAUGUGAUGCUGUUUUGAUUGAUGGACACUGCGUGGUGAAUGAAGGCAUGCUCACAGGAGAAAGUAUACCUGUUACAAAGACACCAUUGCCCCAAAUGGAGAAUACUGUGCCUUGGAAAUGUCACAGCUUGGAGGAUUAUCGGAGACAUGUCCUCUUCUGUGGAACAGAAGUUAUCCAGAUCAAGUCCUCUGGGCAGGGACCUGUAAGAGCAGUCGUUUUGCAAACAGGUUACAAUACAGCCAAAGGGGACUUAGUGAGAUCCAUCCUCUACCCUCGGCCUUUGAACUUCAAACUAUACAGCGAUGCCUUCAAGUUCAUGGUGUUCCUGGCCUGCCUUGGUGUCAUGGGUUUUUUCUAUGCCCUAGGGGUGUAUACGUACCAUGGAAUCCCUCCAAAAGACACUGUGACCAUGGCCCUGAUUCUCCUUACCGUGACUGUCCCUCCAGUGCUGCCAGCUGCCCUGACCAUAGGCAUCGUGUAUGCUCAGAAGAGACUGAAGAAAGAGAAAAUCUUCUGUAUCUCCCCACAGAGAAUCAACAUGUGUGGGCAAAUAAACCUCGUGUGCUUUGACAAAACUGGCACUCUCACUGAAGAUGGGCUGGACCUCUGGGGGACUGUCCCUACUGCUGGCAACUGCUUCCAGGAAGCCCACAGCUUUGCCUUGGGCCAGGCUUUGCCAUGGGGCCCACUGUGUGCGUCUAUGGCCAGCUGCCACUCUCUGGUUCUCGUCGAUGGGACCAUCCAGGGAGACCCUCUGGACCUCAAAAUGUUUGAGGGCACUGCCUGGAAAAUGGAAGAUUGCAACAUGGACUCCUGCAAAUUUGGGAUGUCAAAUUCAAACAUCAUAAAACCAGGACCAAAAGCCAGUAAGAGUCCGAUAGAAGCCAUCACCACCUUGCGCCAGUUUCCAUUUUCCUCAAGCCUGCAGAGGAUGUCCGUGAUUGCUCAGCUAGCUGGAGAAGACCACUUCCACGUCUACAUGAAGGGUGCCCCAGAAAUGGUGGCCAGAUUCUGCAGAUCUGAAACAGUGCCCAAGAAUUUCCCACAGGAGCUGAGGAAUUACACGGUGCAAGGCUUCCGUGUCAUUGCUUUUGCCCACAAAGCCUUGAAGAUGGGAAACCUUUCAGAAGUGGAGCACCUAGCCAGAGAAAAAGUGGAGUCAGAGUUAACAUUUCUGGGACUUCUCAUCAUGGAGAAUCGCUUGAAAAAAGAAACCAAACCAGUCUUGAAGGAACUAAGCGAGGCCCAUAUCAGGACUGUGAUGAUUACAGGUGACAACCUAGAAACAGCCAUUACUGUUGCAAAGAAUUCUGAAAUGAUCCCUCAAGGCAGCCAAGUGAUCAUUGUUGAAGCCAAUGAACCAGAAGAAUGUGUUCCUGCCUCUGUGACCUGGCAGCUGGUGGAGAACCAAGAGACGGGACCUGGGAAGAAAGAAACCUACAUUAACACCGGAAACAGUUCAAUGCCUGGUGGGGAAAGGGGAAGCUGCUACCAUUUUGCAAUGAGUGGGAAAUCAUACCAAGUGAUAUUUCAGCAUUUCAACAGCCUGCUUCCAAAAAUUCUGGUGAAUGGAACUGUUUUUGCAAGAAUGUCUCCUGGGCAGAAAUCAAGCCUUAUUGAAGAAUUUCAGAAAUUAAAUUAUUAUGUGGGCAUGUGUGGAGAUGGAGCUAAUGACUGUGGGGCUUUGAAAGUGGCUCAUGCAGGCAUUUCAUUGUCAGAGCACGAAGCAUCUGUGGCAUCCCCUUUUACUUCUAAAACGGCCAACAUCAAGUGUGUGCCUCAUCUCAUCAGAGAAGGCCGAGCUGCUCUGGUUUCAUCCUUUGGGGUAUUCAAAUACUUGACCAUGUAUGGCAUAAUCCAGUUUAUCGGUACAUCCCUGCUCUAUUGGCAACUACAACUCUUUGGAAAUUACCAGUAUCUCAUGCAAGACGUAGCCAUUACUUUGAUGGUCUGUUUGACAAUGAGUUCAACCCAUGCCUACCCAAAGCUGGCUCCAUAUAGACCAGCAGGACAGCUCCUUUCUCCCCCUUUACUGCUGUCAGUAUUUUUGAAUUCCUGUUUCUCCUGCAUUGUGCAGAUCUGUGCAUUUCUCUAUGUGAAGCAGCAGCCUUGGUAUUGUGAGGUCUACCAAUACAGUGAGUGUUUUCUGGCCAACCAAAGUAAUUUUUCAACAAAUGUGAGUUUGGAAAGAAACUGGACUGGAAAUGCAACACUGAUUCCUGGCUCAAUUUUAAGUUUUGAGAGUACCACACUGUGGCCGAUCACCACCAUCAACUGUAUCACAGUAGCAUUUAUCUUUUCUAAGGGAAAGCCAUUUCGAAAACCCAUCUAUACAAACUAUAUAUUUUCAUUUCUGCUGCUAGCUGCCUUGGGCCUCACAAUUUUCAUUCUGUUUUCUGACUUUCAAGUUAUAUACCAUGGAAUGGAGUUCAUCCCAACCAUAACAUCAUGGAGGGUUUUAAUUUUGAUGGUAGCCUUCACCCAAUUCUGUGUGGCUUUCUUUGUCGAGGAUGCCAUCCUUCAAAAUCGUGAGCUCUGGCUGUUGAUCAAAAAAAAAUUUGGAUUUUACUCUAAAAGUCAAUAUAGGACCUGGCAAAAAAAGCUGGCAGAAGAUUCAACCUGGCCUCCCACCAACAGGACAGAUUAUUCAGGUGAUGGCAAAAAUGGAUUCUACAUCAACAGAGGCUAUGAAAGCCAUGAAAAGAUUCCAGAAAGAAAACUCAAAUUGGGAGGCCAACCCACAGAACGGCAUUUUUGGACCAGGCUGUAAUCAGAAAUGUUGUUAUACAUGCCCAACAGCAUUGCCUUCUUUCCCCAAAAUUAACGCAUUGUGGAGAAGUGAUGAUAGUCUCCCCUUAUCUUUCCUCUCUCCAUUCAAGGACUCAAAACAUAUUUUCAGUGCAUUAAACCUUGCAGCAAAGGACCAUAGAUAGGCUUAUUCUGACUGUAUCCUUUAUCAGUGAGAGAAAUUCAUUUCCAGCAAUAUCAUUUCCAAUAAACUGUAUUCAUUUUGCAUAGCA